GCAUCAAUAUUUGAAGCUGUCUGACGGAAUUCUGACUGUGGACAAUUUCUCUCAUUUUAGGCACAUCUGAGCCUAUUGUGAUUAUAACAAGUGGUAUCAAAGCCCCUUGGAGCCGUCUCGACCAUGCCUAGACCUGAGGAAGAGGGUGGCAAAUGUGCUGGAGGCAGAGAAGACGUCCAAGCACAAGGUCAACACCAAGAUCCACCCGUUGCUCCAGUGCAACCUAGCCUUGGACCCUCUAGGGAUGAGCCUAGAGUGUUUGGCCUUGACAAGUUCAACGGUGACAACUUUGCUGAGUGGUCUUUCAAGAUGGAGAACAUCUUUGACCACUAUGAUCUGCUGGAGGUGAUGGAAGGAACGGAGAAGCGCCCCGAGAACGACCCGGAGAAGAGCCCGUGGGUGCGGAAGAGCGCACAAGGCUACCUUCUACUUGGGCAAGCGUUGGGGAGCAGCCAAAUCCGUCACAUCAAGCCUUUUCAGCGUGAACCAGUAAAGGGACCAAAGGCAUGGGCUGCUCUCAAGGGUGUACACGCUCCUGCAACAGCGGCGGUGGCUGUGGUUUUGGAGCGGCAAAUGGCGGCACUUCAAAUUGACGAAGGCGAACCGGUGGAGGAAGGAGUGCAGAAAUUCUUCGACUUGUUGACACGGCUCGAAGGAGCUGAUCUGAACUACAGUGACCCUCAAAAGAAGACCAAGCUGCUGGCCUUACUUCCGGACUCAUGGUCCUCGCUCAUCAUCAACCUUAAUCGAGAUCUGCCCCAUUGCUUCAGAUUGCCUGAUGGAUGGACCCCUUUUCAAGGCCAAGAGGGCAGAGGAGCAAGGGGAGGAAGAGGCAGAGGUCGUGGAGGCCGUGGUGGUCGUGGAGGUGAAGCGGCAAGCAUGAAAGGUGGAGACUACGAUAAGGACUCGAGUGAAGAUCGAUACCCGGGCCAAUUCUUCUUUGUCUCCAUGCAAGCGGCAGCUGCAGCAGGAGGUGUGGAUGGCUUUGAGGAGCCAGUUACUGUGGGAAAGGUCACCCUUCACUCUCUGGACUUUUGGGUGAUCGAUAGCGGCGCCACCUAUAGCAUGACACCUCGUGCAGACUUGCUCACCAAACUCGAACCGUCGCCGGUCAAGCAUGUUACAUCGGCUUUGGGGCAGCGAGCAGAGGUGAAAGGCAUGGGCAAGGCCAUGUUCAAGGGUGCAGAUGGGAAGAUGGUGGGCCUCAAGAACGUGCUUUGGGUGCCCAACCUAGCAGCCAACCUGAUCUCUGUUCGGCGUUUGCAAAAGGCCGGCAUGGACACAUCUUCCAAGGGCUCCAAAACAUAUACCGCGAGGCUUGGUGAGCGGAAGCUUUGGGACCUUCAUGAGGACAGGGACAUUUACAAUGAGAUGUGGCAAAUCCCAAUGGUCCCCAUGCCUAAGGGGAGGCAAGUGGCAGCAAGCAUCAGCACCAAGAGUGAAGCGGUUGGUGGCGGUGAUCACGGAAAACAAAUUGACACCAAGAGUGACUCGAAGGAGUGCAACCUUGGAGAGACCAGCAAGGCGUGAGAACCCAAGGAGAGUGGUGCAGCAGCCAAAGAUGGUGGAAAUGAGGAGAAGAAGCCUAAGAUCAGCAAAGCAGCAGCGGCAAAGGAGAAAGGAGAGAGCUUGUGGGGCACGAUUGCGACUGCCGCUUUCUCCAACCCGACUUCCGCUACGGGAGAGUGUGAUUGGCUGACCUUGCAUCGGCGAAUGGGGCAUGUGGCAUUGCCCAUCUUGCAGCAGAUAGUUAAGCAAGAGAUGGUCAGUGGGAUACGUGUCAAGGGGGA